CCUGGCUUUCAGGGUCACGAGUCGAUAUAAACAUGGCGGAUUACUACAGCAACAUGGGACGUAUAUCGACAGACGCUGGAUAGUCGCUCGCCACGUGUACACGGCUGUUCUACCUUAACUAUGUCAGGAGUGAAAUCGGGGACAGUACGUGUUAUAUAGUACAUACUGCAAUGUUUGUACAGGUAGCACUGUUUGUGUACGGUCACCAACACGUGUCCGCAAAUUAUUUGAUUGGUGGACUCGGUAGUCUCUUCGUUUAUGAAAUUAGGACUGACGUACACAUAUAGUAAUCUUCGUUCUGCCAGGCGUUGACCAAAGGGACUUCCCAACCCACGAUCCAUAUAUAUUUAUGUGUUAUAGUGCCAAGUCCUACGCCUUUCAAGGCCUGUAAUAACAUGGACAGGUGCUUAGGAACCGGAUAUGUUGAGCUGGACAUGUUUACUGGGUCUGUGACGUCAUAUCCUCGUCAGAUCAUCAACGAUUGGGGAUCUAAGACAUAAAACGGGACAAUGAUAGAUCCUAGAUACACCAUACGUGUGUAAACAUAAACAACACGUUGGAGGGAUACACCAUACGUGUGUAACAUAAACAACACUUUGGAGGGAUACACCACACGUGUGUAAACAUAAACAACACUUUAGAGGGAUACACCAUACGUGUGUAACAUAAACAACACUUUGGAGGGAUACACCACACGUGUGUAAACAUAAACAACACGUUGGAGGGAUACACCAUACGUGUGUAAACAUAAACAACACUUUGGAGGGAUACACCACACGUGUGUAAACAUAAACAACACGUUGGAGGGAUACACCAUACGUGUGUAAACAUAAACAACACUUUAGAGGGAUACACCAUACGUGUGUAAACAUAAACAACACGUUGGAGGGAUACACCAUACGUGUGUAAACAUAAACAACACGUUGGAGGGAUACACCAUACGUGUGUAAACAUAAACACGUUGGAGGAAUCAUCAUUGUGAUGAAAACUGCUUAACAUCACGGUGUUAUUGAUGCAACAAUGAGUAGUAAAAUUAUCAGGGCGCUAAUAAGCGCUAUGAUGGUCGGAUCAUCCGGGUUCCUGUUGGGUUUCCUAUACACAACGGAAAAACCAAAGGCAGCCCUCCCAUUGUAUUCCAGGUCAACAACCACAAAACAUAUAUCGCGUGUCAUGGUAUCAAAUACGACGUCCACUAAUUCUACACUAUUUUCAUCAUUCAAUUCAUCGUCGGCUCUAGCCAAUGAAACUGAAGAAAUUUAUGAAACGUUUUUAAAGUAUGACCCUAAAAACUUCUCAUACCCAGCGGACUUUAACCUGAAACAAGCUGUUCAUGAUCUUAUUGUUUAUGGCAAGGAAAUCCCCGGAGUUCAUCAGAAAAUUCAAUUUCAUAAUUUCAAGUAUCUUCAUUCACCAAAACCAUGUGCUUUUCCUUUGGAUGAUAAGAAAAAUAGAAACAUUAUCAUAUUGAUAAAAUCUUUUAUUGGGAAUUUUCAUUUACGAAAAACACAGAGAGAUUUGUUUAAGAAAAAAACAAAGUUAUCCGCUAGUGUUAGACAAAUAUUUAUAUUAGGGUAUAAUGCGACAUAUCAGAACUUUGUCGAGGCGGAAAGUAUUAAGUUUCGAGAUAUUAUACAAGAAGACUUCAUUGAUACCUACCUCAAUAACACACUGAAAACAGUCAUGGCGUACAACUGGGUAGACAAAUUCUGCAGGGGUGCAUCCAUCUUGUUUUUCGUGGAUGACGAUUACUAUGUUCAUUACGAAAGAAUAAUUUCGCAUAUAAGAGCAGUGUUUCAACUGAAGAAUACGGGUGUGUUUGCAGGAACUUUGGCCAGUAAAGCGGUUCCAUACCGCCGACAUGAGACCAUAUGGUCCUUGACCUUUAGUCAGUAUCCUUACGAUUAUUUCCCGCCAUAUGUAGGGGGCGGGGCGUACAUAGUGUCUCAUGACGUGGCACGCAGAUUUGCAGCCUCUUUUCCAUAUGUGCAAUUUCUUGGCAUAGACGACGCCUACCUCGGUAUUGUGGCAAAAAAGUUGGAUAUUCACCCAAUUUACGAUCCUCAUUUCGACACGACGAAGCGAUCAGCUUUUGCGAGGGAGUGUUCUCACAGCUCAUUGGAACUGGCAAAUAACCUCUGUCCCAUUGCAAAACGUAAGACAGAAUUUCUCAUGGGUUCAAAAGUUAGACUUCCUCGUAAACCAGUUAGCUGGCUUAGCAUACUUCCUAUGAUCAUUUUUCUUAAUGUGGUUUUCAUGAUAGCUGUUUGGUGUUCAAAUUAAUCCACUGUGUUCAAUUGCAUGUUGGCAUGUGACAUUUACUGCAUGGUUUUAAUUAGUUAUUUAUCGUUUAUACAAACUGUGAUAACAGAACAUUUUGACGCUGAUAUUGAUGAGUUCGAUUUCUUUUCAGCAUUGUAAAUAUUUAAUUUUUCGAACUUUUUUUUAUUCCCGAAUGUACAGAUCGACGGCAUGUUAUCGUAGAAUCUUGCUUUUCAGAACUAUAAUUACUCAGAUUUGUCAUUGUUAACACGUUCAAAAAAUGUGUUUAUCGACGGAUAUGUUUUCCGGGAAUGUUCAAAUUGAUAUACAUGUCAUCUUUAUAAUCUGAAUAUUUUAUUUAUUCCUUAUUUUUGAUUUUUAAAAGUUAAUUGAUGAAUAUCUAUUAUGAUUUAUUAACUAUCUAUUUGGUAUGCGAGAUUUAUAAGACUGGUAUGGAUGAAAUACAUUGUUCUUUUUGUUUUAACUUCAUUUAACCUGCACGGGUAUUAUAUGGAAUAUUUUCUAUAUUUGAAUGGUGUUCAAUGUUUCAUAUUUACAUUCUCUGUUGCAUGUUAGUAAACCAAAUUGUAUUCGUGAGACUAUAUACUAUAAUUUACAGUGAUUCGGUCAGUGUAGGAAUACAGCUCCAGGUGUUACAGGUUAAAACAAUGGCCGCCAGUUACUUCCGGCCUAGAGAACGUUCGAAUGCUAGCAUUUAUUUACAUACGCCACAACAAAAAAUAAACCAACGUCACAAAUUAUGAGCGUAAUAUUUCAUAAUUAAAAAAUGUAGUCAACACGAAAUUACUAGAAGCGUCAUUCUUGUUCAAUACGAAAUUAUCAAACUGUCAUUGUCGUCACACUCACAGGGGCUCGUUUCCGAAUUUUCAGAAAUGCAAGACACAACAUUAAAAGUCAAGUAUUUAUAUAAAAAAAGGUCUUGUAAAUAGAUCGGGAGUGUAUACUGGAUUUUAGUUUUGUGGUUAUUCACUGAUGUCAAAGGCAUACCCUUACAAAAUUUAGCCCCUGUGAAGUUGAAAAUCGUCUGCUAAGCGACACUGAUUUGACCGGUUAGACUGGAAUCUGUUUCAAACGAAAUAUACUUGAAAUCUUUUUCACCUACUGUCAAGACGACUUAGGCUGUUCCGGUAUUUGAACUUGAUGACGUCAGUGAUAGGGUAAACAGCGAAUUUGAACGCGUCAUAUAACCUACAGUAAAUAAAAAAAAUCUUAAUGUAAAUAUAAGCAUUGAACGGUUACCAAAUGGUAGUAUACAGUCGAUAUGAAUACAAUUUGGGUGACAGAUAAAUAGUUCAUAUCACCUUAUUGUAUUCAUCUGCCACUCAAAUUGUAUUGAUAUCGACUGUAUAUACCUACUUUGUAUGAAUGAAUAUAUUGACACUUCACCAAGCUCAACAAGUUAUUAAAACCUUUUCUUACAU